AUGUCCGAACGACGGAGCGCCACGUCGACAGAGGGUGAACAGUCGGGUGUCGGCGUCGGCGCCGAGCGUCCAACCAACAGUAUAAGCGUUCGUGCCGGCGCAACCCUUAUGAAGAGCGUCUCCCUAUUCCUAACGAGUGGUCGCAAGGCAUCCGUCAACUCAAAACGGCAGAGUUGUUCCGCGUCCGGCAAAGGCGAGCCACCUCGAAGGAGACGUCGCAAAAAGAUGCCGGAAGGCGGGAGAAACUCCGCGUACAUCAUCAAAGUGAUCGAGACCCUUAAAAAAAGACGAGAAUUCGUUAGGAUAGAGUUGGAUAAUCUCUGCAAGCUUUAUAAGAAGUUAACUAGUAAUUCUUCCCAAAACCAACCACAAGUUGAACAAACGAUAUCCAUUGGUAAAAAACAAUCGAGACCAGUUGUCGAGGGAAUCGACAGAAGUAUUUUUCGAGAACUUCUCCACAAUACAUUUCACGUGAUCACGGAGGACACUUUGAUCGAGCGUCUAUUCUGCUCUUGGGAUCGAGAGGUCGAGGGCGCUAUUCGAUUGGAGCAAUGGAUCAUGGGACUCGACGUGUUUUUGCGAGGCAGUCUGCGUGACAGGAUCACUUUUUGUUUCCAUGUAUACGAUCUGAACAGCGAUGGAUAUAUCACAAAGGACGAAAUCUUUCAAUUACUUAAAAACUGUCUGAUAAAGCAGCCUGGUGAAGAGGAUCCAGAUGAAGGAGUGAAAGAUUUAACGGAACUGGCUUUAAAAAAACUCGACGUCGACCACGAUGGCAAAAUAUCAUUUCGUGAUUAUGAAAUGGCGAUCAAGGAAGAACCGUUAUUGUUAGAAGCAUUCGGACAAUGUUUGCCUACGGAAGAAAGCUGUGCAGCCUUUUUAGCGACGCUCCAAUCUUGAAGACAAGAUAUGCGCACUCAAAUAAAUGUACCCUAAUUGUAUA